AUGCUAGAAACCUACAGCAACCUGUCCUACAUUGGUAAAUAUGAAAAUGCAAAUAUUGAAGAGGACUUCAGAAAUUCCACCUGUCACCUUCAGAAACACAGAAGAACUCACAGUGGAGGGAAACCCUAUGAAUGUAAGCAAUGUGGGAAAGCCUUUACUCGUCCCAAUCACCUUCAGAGACAUAAAAGAACUCACACUGGAGAAAAACCAUAUGCAUGUAAGCAAUGUGGGAAAGCCUACUCUUUUUCCAGUACACUUCAUAUUCAUGAAAGAACUCACACUGGAGAGAAGCCCUAUGCAUGUAAACAAUGUGGGAAAGCCUACUCUUCUUCCAGUACACUUCAUACUCAUGAAAGAACUCACACUGGAGAGAAACCCUAUGCAUGUAAGCAAUGUGGGAAAGCCUACACUUGUUCCAGUACCCUUUAUAUUCAUAAAAGAACUCACACUGGAGAGAAACCUUAUGCAUGUAAACAAUGUGGGAAAGCCUACUCUUGUUCCAGUACACUUCAUACUCAUGAAAGAACUCACACUGGAGAGAAACCCUAUGCAUGUAAGCAAUGUGGGAAAGCCUACACUUGUUCCAGUACCCUUUAUAUUCAUAAAAGAACUCACACUGGAGAGAAACCUUACGCAUGUAAGCAAUGUGGGAAAGCCUUUUCUAGUUCCAGUAACUUUCAGAGACAUAGAAGAACUCAUACUGUCGAGAAACCCUAUGCAUGUAAGCAAUGUGGGAAGACCUUUACUCAUUCUGGUAACCUUCAAAUACAUGAAAGAACUCACACUGGAGAGAAACCCUAUGGAUGUAAGCAAUGUGGGAAAGCCUUUAUUCGACCCAUUCACCUUCAAAUACAUGGAAGAAUUCACACUGGAGAGAAACUCUAUGUGUGUAAGCAAUGUGGGAAAGCCUUUACUCAUUCUGGUAACCUUCAAAUGCAUGAAAGAAGUCACACUGGAGAGAAACCCUAUGUUUGUAAGCAAUGUGGGAGAGCCUUUUCUUAUUCUGCUAACCUUCAAAUACAUGAAAGAACUCACAUUGUAGAGAAACUCUAUGUAUGUAAGCAGUGUGGGAAAGCCUUCCCUAAAGCCUGUUACCUGCAGAGACAUAGAAGAACUCACACUGCAGAGAAGUCCUAUGUGUGUAAGCAAUGUGGGAAAACCUACACUUGUUCCAGUACCCUACGUGUUCAUAAAAGAAUUCACACCGGAGAGAAACCCUAUGGAUGUAAGCAAUGUGGGAAAGCCUUUUCUCGUUCCAGUCACCUUCAGAAACAUAGAACUACUCACACUGGAGAGAAACCCUAUGCAUGUCAGCAAUGUGGGAAAGCCUACACUUGUUCCAGUACCCUUCGUAUUCAUGAACGAACUCACACUGGAGAGAAACCCUAUGGAUGUAAGCAAUGUGGGAAAGCCUUUACUUGUUCCAGUUACCUUCAAAGACAUACAAGGAUUCACACUGGAAAGAAACCUUAUGUGUGUAAUCAAUGUGGGAAAGCCUUUACUUCUUCCAGUCACCUUCUAAUACAUGAAAGAACUCAAACUGGAGAGAAACCAUAUGCAUGUAAGCAAUGUGGGAAAACCUUUACUAAUUCAAGUAACCUUCAAGUACAUGAAAGAACUCAUACUGGAGAGAAACCCUUUUGA